AUGGCGCUGCGGGGCUGGCGCCCGGCCGCGGCCGCGCUCGCUGCGGGGCGGCCCCGGGGGGGCGACCCGGGGGGGGCCUCGGCUCCCGGAACGGGGCCGGGCCCGGAACCGGGGGCUCCGGGGGGAGCCGUGACAGCCGCGCUCUACGUGCAUUGGCCCUACUGCCGCAAGCACUGCUCCUACUGCAGCUUCAACAAGUACGUGGUGCCGGCGGUGGACGAGGCGGCCGUGCGUGCCUGCCUGGUGCGCGAGGCACGGACCCUGCUCCGCCUCGGCCAGGUGCAGAGCGUCACCUCCGUCUUCUUCGGCGGGGGCACCCCCAGCCUGGCCAGCCCCCACACCAUCGCCGCCGUGCUGGAGGCUGCUGCGGAGGCCGCCCACCUCCCCGCUGGAGCCGAGGUGACGCUGGAGGCCAACCCCAGCUCUGCCAGCCCCGCGCACCUCGCCAACUUCAAGGCGGCCGGCGUCAACCGCCUCUCGGUCGGCGUGCAGUCGCUGGACGCCGCCGAGCUGCGGCUGCUGGGCCGGGAGCACACCGUAGACGAGGCGCGGGCGGCGGUGGAGGCGGCACGGGGGCUCUUCCCCGGCCGCACCUCCAUCGACCUCCUCUUCGGGCUGCCGGGGCAGAGCCAGGAGGCUUGGGCACGGAGCUUGGAGGCGGCGCUGGGGCUGUGCGACGACCACCUGGCCCUCUACCAGCUGACGCUGGAGCGGGGCACGGUGCUGGAGGCACGGGUACGGCGGGGGGCUCUGCCCGCGCCCCCCCAGGACCUCCUGGCUGAUAUGUACCACACCGCCCGGGCUGUGCUGGCGGCCGCCGGCUUCUGCCAGUACGAGGUCUCCAAUUUUGCGAGGAAGGGCGCCCUCAGCACCCACAACCUGUCCUACUGGCGGGCUGAGCAGUACGUCGGCGUGGGGCCGGGGGCGCACGGGAGGUUCGUGCCAUGGGGUGAGGGCAGCCACCAGCGGGAGGCCCGCGUCCAGACCCCAGAUCCUGACGCCUGGAUGAGGGAGGUGCAGAGCCGCGGGCACGGCACCCGGAGGCGGGUGGCGCUGAGCCCCUUGGAGCAGCUGGAGGAGCUGCUCGCCCUGGGGCUGCGCACGGACGAGGGCAUCACGCAGCAGCGCUGGGGGCACUUCUCCCCUCAGCUGCCCCUGCGGGCUGUGUUCGGGGGGCCGGGGGAGGCGAUGGCACUGCAGCAGCAGGGCUGGCUGCUCCUGGACGGCCGGGGUCUGCGCUGCACGCCCCAGGGGCUGGCGGUGCUGGACUCGCUGCUGCCAGCACUGCUCUGCCAGCUGCAGCGCACGGCCGGCACUGGGGGACGAGGCACAGAAGGUCGUGGAGGACAAGGGCAGGAGGCUGCUGGAGGACAAGGUCCUGAGGCUCAUGGAGGACAAGGCACGGAGGCUGUGGGGGAACAAGGCACGGCGCCUCAUGGAGGACAUGGCACGGAGGCUGGCAGAGAGCAAGGCCCUUAGGCUCGUGGAGGACAAAGCGCAGAGGCUUGGGGACAAAGCCUGGAGCCCACUGAGGGACAAAGCCUCAGGCUGCGGGGGACGAGGGCAGGAGGCUGAGGGAGGACAAGGCACGGAGGGGACAUGGAGGCUGCGGGGGGACGAGGCACGGAGGCUGGCAGGGGACAAAACCAUGAGGAGAACAACGCCCAGCAGCUGCUGGGGGACAAAACGUGGAGGCUGCGGGGACACAAAGCCCGGAGGCUGACGGAGAAAAACGCCCGGAGGCUGAGGGGGGGACAAAACGCGGAGCCCCCCGCGGCUCCGAGCCCUGAGGCAGCGGGGCGACGAGGCCGGGCCCCCCCCCCUUGGAGGUCCGAGCCCGGUGGCCGCCAGGGGGCGCCGCGGGGGCUCCUCUCGGUGCUGCCGUUGCCGUGGGGACGCGGCGCGGCCCCGGGGGAUGCAGGCGCAGGGCCGCGGGGCGCGGAGGCGGGGAUCGGCCGCGGGGCAGGGCCGAAAGGAGCCGCGGGCCGGGACCCCCACGGGUACGGGCACGGCCCUGGGGGGCGCAGGGGGCUGGAGCCGGGGGGAUGGGGGUGUGGGGGUGCUGCGGGUCCUGCGCGUCCCGAGUGCACGGGGGGGGGAGCAGGCCUCAGGUGGCGCCUUCCCCUUUUUGUCCCCUUCCCUUCGCCUUCUUUAAUCAGGGAGGCUCCUCUGCGUGUAUCUGCGGGUAAAGGAGGUGCUGGAAGGACUUACAGGUCAAAAAUAAAACGAGAUACAAAACCAA